GACACAGCCCCGGCCCGCGGCUGAAUGGAAAGACUGCAGAAGCCUCUGACCUCCCCUGGGAGCGUCUGCUCUUCCCGCGGAUCCAGCGUUCCUGGCUCUCCCUCCAGCAUCGUGGCCAAAAUGGACAACGAGGUCCUGGGCUACAAGGACCUGGCUGCCAUCCCCAAGGACAAAGCCAUCCUGGACAUCGAACGCCCCGACCUGAUGAUCUACGAGCCCCACUUCACCUACUCGCUGAUGGAGCACGUGGAGCUGCCCCGGAGCCGGGAGCGCUCCCUGUCUCCCAAAUCCAUGUCUCCUCCUCCAUCUCCAGAGGUGAUCCGGGAGUGGCUGGAGAGCCGCCCCCCCAGCAGCACCCCGCUGCCCCCCUCGCGCCAGGGCCCUGCGCCCACCCGCAGCAGCGUCCAGCACUUCCACCGCCCCGAGACCGACACCACAGAGCUCAACAUUUACAAGAAGCCCCCGAUCUACCGGCAGAAAGACCACCAUUCCAGUGCCCACCACGGGAAGCAUCUCAUCGAGGACCUGAUCAUCGAAUCCUCCAAAUUCCCGGCGGCGCAGCCCCCGGAUCCCAACCAGCCCGCCAAGAUCGAGACCGACUACUGGCCCUGCCCGCCCUCGCUGGCCGUCGUGGAGACGGAGUGGAGGAGGCGGAUGGCGUCCAAGAGAGGCGAGGAGGAGGAUGAGGAUCUGACGGAGGAGAUGAAGAACCUGCGGGAGCUCCAGAGGCAGGAGCUGAGCAAGGUCACCUCCAACCUCGGGAAGCUGAUCCUGAAGGAGGAGAUGGAGAAGUCGCUCCCGAUCCGGAGGAAAACUCGCUCGCUGCCGGACCGGACGCCCUUCCACACGUCCCUCCACACGAGCUCCAAGAGCUCCUCCCUCCCCGCCUCGGGCCGCAGCACCCUCACCCGGCUGCAGUCAGCAGAGUUCGGCUCGGCGGGGAGCGAGAAGGGGAGCCCUGCCCUGCAGAACGGCCAGCGAGGGCGGAUGGACAGAGGGAAUUCCCUGCCCAGCAUGCUGGAGCAGAAGAUCUACCCCUACGAGAUGCUGAUGGUGACGAACCGAGGCCGAGUGAAGCUCCCGCCCGGCGUGGACCGGACCAGGCUGGAGCGCCACCUGUCCCCCGAGGAUUUCCUGAAGGUGUUCGAGAUGUCGCCGGAGGAGUUCGGCAAGCUGGCGCUGUGGAAGCGCAACGAGCUGAAGAAGAAAGCCUUCCUCUUCUGAGUCCUCCUCCUCCUCCUCCUCGGGCCAGUUCCGUCCGUGUCGCACCGUGGAACCGCUUCAGGGCUCCCCACCGGUUUUUAUUGGGGUUCCCCCCCCGCCAGCUCCUCCAGCGCCCCAAAUCUGCGCCCCCCGCCUCAGUCCUGGGGGGCUGGGGGGGCUCGAACCUGCCUGGGAUGGGAAUGGGGGGGAUCAAACCUGCCUGC